AUGUUCUUUGGGGCUUCGAAAGUGCCAGGCACGACAGCCUACCGCCGGAAGAGCUUAGCAAACACAAAUGCGAUCACGAAUUAUGAGGCAGAUUUGACUAGCAAGGACCGCGCGAAGCAGAAGGAAGCUGUAAGGAGGUUGUUGGCGGAGAGAGUGAGAGAUGACUGGGAAUGGCAAUGGCCGGAGCCUGAAAGGGAUAUGAGAGUCUUUGAUACACCUGGUUUGGAAAUUCAGCACGAGGAGGAGCGCCGCCCGCGGUUAUCUUUGGGUCUCCUACGCCGAAGCCGCGACCCUAGUCGGGAGCCCAGUCGCUCAAUCAGCCGCGCUGCUAGCCCUGACCUGUCCGACCGUCCCCAUCGACUCUCACUUAGUGUACUUCGUCGUAGUCGCGAUCCAAGUCGUGAACCUAGCCCCGACCUGGGAUCUGAUCGUCCUCGCCGAAUGUCUUUAGGACGCCUCCGAAUGAGUCGCGAUCCUAGCCCUGAACCUGUCGAAUUGGAGUGGAGGCAGCGAGACGAGUGGGUUAGCGACUAUAGUGAUAAUGAGACUAUUCCCCAGGCGUCUCCCUCCCUGGAGAAGACAUCGUCUGCGUCACAUCCGAGCCCGUUUCGUUUCGAAACGCCAGAUGGUGUUGGAGAAUCAGUUCAGCGAGGGGAGGAUGAGAAGAGAGAACGGAGGACGAAACGUAGUAAGGAAGAGAUGCAGUUGAAUGACGGAUUACGGUGCUUCGUGGAGAGACGGGAUGCAUGGACUGGCGCAAGACAUGUCCCAAAAUCUCCCAUCAGUCCGGCUAUGACCAGAACGAGAUCGGAUUCUAGUGAAGACGGCCAUAGCUCUACGGCCAUUGACAACGAUGAAGACGAAAUUGAAGAGGAUACAGACACGGAAGUCCCUAUCGCACCGCCUUUGUUGCCUCCGAAUAACGCCAUGCGCUCGAGUAUUACUCCAGAUAAUUACAACACCAUAUAUGAUAAAGUUGUUCUCCAACAACUCUCACCCUCGUGUCCUAUCAACCUCAAAGAUGUAGUUCGAAGCUGUGUUCACGGUUGGAAACGUGAUGGAGAAUGGCCACCUACAGGCACACCCAUGGAGCCAAUGAGAACGAAGAAGAAGCCGAGAAAAUUGAGCGUUGCGAGUAUUUUCGGGUUGGACAAAGGAAAAGACGAGAAGGAUAAAGAGCCGGGAAGUCCGAUUAGAAGGGGUUUGCAGAGACUUAUGAGUAGGGGAAAGGAUGGAGGUUCUGCGGUGCAGAGUCCUACGACACCUGGCAGACCAGUUACACCAAAGGAUGGAGCUGGCGCAUAA